GUAGAUGGCAUGUCUGUGCAGAUCAGCUUAGAACUCAAAAAAAUGCCAGGUGUGGGAUACGCGAAACUCGAGGAGCCCAUCACGGCAGAUCGCCUCAUGGAGGCGGAGGACUGGGUGCUGGAUCAGCCGAUUGCCUUAAAGCCAGAUCUGAUGGCUUCAGGAAAUCGCAUCUUCCACUCAGACGAGAUU